CUUCAAAAAACCAUAUAUACACCCUCACUGUCUCCCCUGCUUCUCAGAGCUCACAUUCAAACAUAGAAAUGACAACAAAUAUGAGCACAUACGAAAUGACACCGGUUUCACUGCCAGUAGGCUACAAGUUCCAUCCCACCGAAGAAGAGCUAGUGAAUUACUAUCUGAAGAAGAAGGUUCGCGGCGCAAAUGAAUCCGUAAUCGACCAAAUCAUCCCUUGUAUCGACCUCUAUGAACACGAGCCGACUGAGCUUCCUGGUUUGUUGAGGAAUGGGACAAAUGAUGAUGAUAGAGAAUGGUUCUUCUUCACAAGAAGGAAUUUCAAGUACAACAAAAGCUCUCGAUCGAAUCGGAGCACGAAGAAGGGGUACUGGAAGAUCACAGGCAAGGAGCGUGGGAUUAAGGCUCGGCGGUCCAAAGCUGUGAUUGGGAAGAAGAGGACUUUGACUUUUUACGAGGGUCGUGGGUCGAAAGCUAAGAGGAUCAGCUGGGUUAUUCAUGAGCACUAUCUUCCUCCAGAUGAAGUUGUUUUGUGUUCGAAGCAGACCAAGGGCGACUUUGUCAUCUGUCGCUUAAAAGAUAAAUCAGAUAAGAAGGAUUCUUCAGUUAGUAAUGAAGUGGAACCGAGUUUCGUGACUGUGUCUAUUUCGGAAAAUCAAGCUUCUGAUGAAAUCAAUCAAGAGGUACAGGAAAAUGGGGAAUUGUUAUUGCAUCCAGAUGAGUGUUGCUCCUCAGCACUCUGGUCACCGGCACCCCAAGAGCUGGAAGAUGUUCUGCAAACCAAUGGCACUAAUGAUGAUUGUAAUGAGUUGCAAUCACCAGUUGGAGAUAGUGCGUCUUGUCUACCGGACAGGAAUGAAGUUUCAACCUGUGAUGAGGAUGAGGCUUCGUAUGAUCUGUGUCUACAGCUACGUGAUCCCCCAGAAAAAAAUCUGGAUUCACUCUUUGGUCGACCUCAGGCCCGGGAUUACUGCCCCUCCAAACUGCACUCACCAAUAUACGCAAAGCUGGGAGAUAUUCAACAUCCACUUCAGUCUGAGAAUUACCAGCCCUUAGUAACAUUGCAGCCACCAAUGUACAUAGAGCAGGGAAAUACUCCAGAUGCCAGUCUCUACUAUGAUGAAUGCAAUAAUUGGCAAUCUGCAUUUAAGAAUAAUAUUUCAACCAAUGAGUUUGACAUGCGAGUUCAACAGAUUACAUAUACUUUUGAAAAUCAAGCUACAGAUUAUAGGAUUCUAAAGGUACCUCAACCUCAAACCGAAGUUAAUCUGGAAUCAGCAGCUUGUCGACUCCAGCCACAAGAUUGCACAUUGCAGCCACCAAUAUACACAAAUUUUGGAGAAGCUCUACAUAACAUUGAAUGCAAUGAGUUGCAAUAUUCGUCUUGGGAGAAUGACUGUUCUCUCACAAAAUUCAUGAAUACAAAUUUCCAGGAUUGUUACUCAUAUGAUCAAGCAGCACAGACUCAUAACCUGCAAAGUCACUGGGAAGGGUCCACCAUCGGGAUAGUGGAGUAAGCAAUGUUACAAACACUGAAGUAGCCCAUGGAUGGGUACAAGAUUUGUCUGCAGUAGCUAUUGGAACUACCCUCCAUUGUAGCUAAUGAAUUACAAGAGUUCUGAUAUCAUCCUGCAACAAGAUAAUCCAAUUUUCCAAGUAACACGAAGUUUUUGUGGUAUUUAUAGUUAGCUCUUCCCACUCACAUUAUUAUGUAGAAUGAUCUGGAAAUCAUUCUUGGUUGUGAAGAGAAAUGUCACUAACCAAUAGCUAGUUGGGUUAUUGGUUAAGUAGUAGUUACAGGCCUAUAAACUUAUAGUUAAUGAAAUGUAGUAGUUAGUUGAUUGAUGGAGUAGUAGUUACUCAUGUCUAUGAUUGUUAUAGCUUCAAUCCUUUCAAGUAGCGAACAUGUUUAAUGAGAUUUUAUAUACUUUUAUCUCCAACUGUUUGUUGA